CUGUAUCCAAAAACUGCCAGCAAUCGGCUUUUACAAUUUUUUUAGAAAUAUAUAUUGACUGGAGAGAAUAAUGUAAGUUUGCUUUAGAUGUGUCUAAUUAAGAACCAUCUUAAUGUGAAUGAAGUUAUUGCAAUGGCAGGUGAAAGUAGUCAAGUGACACUUACCGUUCGUCUUAUUAGAUCAUUUGAGCAUCGUAUCAUCAAGCAUGUUGUGUACCAUGAUGUUAAUCUAGAUCAGAUAGUAUCUGACUUCAAACAGUAUGUGAAGACAGAACUGAAAACACAUGCUGGUCUUCCACCCCCAGUCAAGACUCAUAAUUAUGAUACAAUGAAAAUUUCCCAUCAGCCUUUUGGAGCCAAGACAGCAGAUCCUGUGAUAAAUAAAGAAAAUGAUGAAGAACUGAUGCUGAUAGAUAACAAAACAUUGAAGGAAUGUGGAGUAGUGAAUGAAACAGAACUGUCCUUUUUCAACCUCGAAGAGUAUCGUACCUAUCAGAGUAAUCCGGUCCUGAACUGGUGAUAGUACAAGCCUCGGCGAAGCAACAUUUUUUCCCGAGGCAAAGAUUUUGUGCCAUAUUAUGAUAUAUAUUGGACACAGGUGUCUAGCUCGAAACAGCUAAUGGAAUGUUGAACGUUGAAGCUUAACAAAAUUUAAACUGAGCUCAAUUAGUUUUUGAUAAAAAGGAUAAUAUUACGCACUUUACAUUUUAUCCAAGGUCUAUUGUGCUGAAAAGUUGAAGCUGCUCAUCAUAUAUUAACUGCAAUCUUACUAGGAUAAAAUAUUCUUGGUAUUGAUAUUAAUCAUACUUUAUAUUCAUAGUGGUACCACCUUCUGUGUACAUUCUGUAGUUGGUCUUUGAUAUGAAUGGAUGUAAUGUUAUUUCAUGAUUUGAGCCGAGAGACAAAUUGCAAGUGAACUUUAAGCUCAGUAUCUUAUGGUAAAUUUUUAGUACAGCCGAGCACGGGGAUGUUCUUUUGUGAUGUUAAACCUCUAUGCUAAUGAAUGUUUUAUAAACCUCUGCUAUUAAAUUUUUAUAUAGAGGCAAACCUCUAUGCUAUUGAAUGUUUAUAAAGGGGCAAACCUCUAUGCUAUUGAAUGUUUAUAAAGAGGCGAACCUCUAUGCUAUUGAAUGUUUAUAAAGAGGCGAACCUCUAUGCCUUUGAAUGUUUAUAAAGAGGCGAACCUCUAUGCUAUUGAUUGUUUAUAUAGAGGCAAACCUCUAUGCUAUUGAAUGUUUAUAGAGGCGAACCUCUAUGUUAUUGAAUGUUUAUAAAGAGGCAAACCUCUAUGCCUUUGAAUGUUUAUAUAGAGGCAAACGUCUAUGUUAUUGAAAGUUUAUAGAGGCAAACCACUAUGCUAUUGAAUGUUUAUAAAGAGGCGGACCUCUAUGCCUUUGAAUGUUUUUAUAGAGGCAAACCUCUAUGCUAUUGAAUGUUUAUAAAGAGGCGAACCUCUAUGCCUUUGAAUGUUUAUAUAAAGGCAAACCUCUGUGCCUUUGAAUGUUUAUAAAGAGGUGAACCUCUAUGCUAUUGAAUGUUUAUAAAGAGGCUUACCUCUAUGCUAUUGAAUGUUUAUAAAGAGGCUAACCUCUAUGCUAUUGAAUGUUUAUAAAGAGGCUAACCUCUAUGCUAUUGAAUGUUUAUAUAGAGAUUAUUACAGACUGUUUAACCUCUGUACUAUUGAAUGUUUUUGUAUAGCAUUUUUAUUCGAAAUUUCCCUUCUUGAAGUGAGUGUUUAACUCAGAAAGGUUAAUUGGUACUGAAUUUUCCCUUUCAAAGACAAGCCUACGUACCUAUUGAACAUUUUGAAUUUUUAUUUACUUUUUAAAGAUUUUACUUCAUGUUUUAGUUAUGUUUGUUAUUUACAUGGCACUAAUUGUGUAAAGUAUUUUAUACAAUAAAAUAUGAUAAGAUAAACAUAUUGU